AUAUUCCCUGUCAAUCCUCUCACUCGCUUCAGUCCACACUACCUUUCCGCGUGCCGACCAUCUCUCGCUCUCCUCUGAGAAGCGCUUUUGACCACCAUAAAAAGAUUCAGGCUCACGCCAUAACGCCGCAUACACAAAAUUCCACUGUCGUCUCCGUCUCGAACUGGAGGACUCCCGAACGAUUCCGGCAGCACCCACGAUCGGAAAACGAGGGCCGGGGAUUUUCGAGAUGAGCCACCUCAAUUUGGCCACCAGCCUGCGGAGGAGGAAGAGGGGAAGGGGAUUCAGGCUGCGGACCAAGCUCGCGAAGCUCUUCCGAUGGAUCAGGCUGCCCCGAUUCCGGAACCCGCAGACGGCGUACCACCGCCGGCCCCGCCGCAACCCCAUCUGCAAGAUCCUCCACUUGGCCAAGCAGAGGCUGCGCCACCUCAGGCCCCGCCGCCGCGGCGGGUACGUCCGGGUCGGGCACGACGGACCGGGGGAGAAGGCGCCGUCGCCGGACGUGCCGAAGGGGCACCUGGCGGUUUACGUGGUGGGGCAGUCGGUGGACGACACGCGCCGGGUGACGGUGCCCGUGAUAUACUUCAACCACCCGCUGUUCGGGGAGCUGCUGCGGGAGGCGGAGCGGGUCUACGGGUACGACCACCCGGGCGGGAUCACGCUCCCCUGCGGGAUCUCCGAGCUCGAGAUGGUCCAGACCAGGAUCGCCGCGGUGGGCGGCGGCGGCGGCGGCGGCCUACGGCGGCGGGCGUCGUGGCGGCGGUGGAGCUGAGAUUUUUCUCCCUUGAAUUUGAGGGCGCGGGUGAAGCCUUCUGGGAUCAGGAUUGGGUGGUCGGCGAUAAUUUCGCGGCCAAAUUUUGAUCCAAAUUAGCGGUCGCUUGAUUUUCUUUGUAGUUUUUUUUUUCUUUUUACUCAAUUUUUUCUCUGUGUUUCCUUUUUAGAGCUAUUGUAGAUUUCUUUUUCCCCUUUUGUAUGGGGGGGCCAAGUGAAAUAUGUAGAUUAUUCCAAUGCAAAGACUAGAAUUUACUCAUUCACCAGGACAAGAGGAAUUGAAAAGAUUAAGAGAUUACUAUUUCAUUUA